GAGAGAGAGAGAGAGAGACCCACCCACACUCAUGUAAAUAUGACAGAAAGCUUUCACUCUGAGAAAACUUCUUCAUCUGGCACCAACUGCUGCCCAAAGCUCCGUAAGGUGACAUGGAUUUUUCCACCAAAACCCUGGCAAAGGGUUGCUUUGGGAAAGUGUACAAACAAAAGUAUGGAGACACCUGGGCUGCCCUGAAGAAGGUGCCUGUGAACUUAAUCUCUAAGGAACAACUUACAAGAGAGUGCAGUGUUUAUGAGAAAGCACAACACACCAAUGUGGUGAGGCUCCUCGGGAAGCCGUGGCUGGACGACGGGAAGUGGCACAUCCCUCUGGAAUUCAUCUUUGGUGAGGAUCUGGAGACGGCAAUAUUUAACGUACAGAAAUCCAAAAUACAGCUGACUCAGGCAGUAAAAGCCACCAUCAUCACUGGGAUGUGCGAAGGCUUGACCUUCCUGCAUACCAAAGAUAUCGUCCACCAGGAUCUCAAACCGGACAACAUCAUGGUCGAGCACGGAUCUCAUCGCGCCGUGAUCAUUGACAUGGGCCUGGCGAAAUUCUUUCGGAAUGGCUUAAGCUCUGCCAUAAACUUGGGCAACGAGGCCUACGCUGCUCCCGAGAUCCAGCAAGGGAAUGUCAGGGACAAGCGUUCAGACGUAUGGGCCAUGGGUAAGAUGACUGCAGAACUUUGCGCACGGGUCAGGCUUCCAACCAACAGCGUGAAUCCCAUCAAGAUUAAAGAGAGUCUGAAAGAGAAUCCUUACUGUAAUGUGGUGUCCAGGAUGGUGAUCGUGAACGCAGCAGAAAGAGCCUCCAUGUUUGGAGUUAUCGGAGAAAUCCGGCAACUUCGAGCAAUUUAUGGCGGAAAUCAAGGGGCAACUCACCGGCCAAUUCAAGGGGCAAACCACGUGCCGAUUCAAGGGGCAAAUCACAUGCCAAUUCAAGGGGCAAAUCACGUGCCGAUUCAAGGGGCAAAUCACGUGCCAAUUCAAGGAGCAAAUCACAUGCCAAUUCAAGGGGCAAAUCACGUGCCGAUUCAAGGGGCAAAUCACGGGCCAAUUCAAGGGGCAAAUCACAUGCCAAUUCAAGGGGCAAAUCACGUGCCGAUUCAAGGGGCAAAUCACGUGCCGAUUCAAGGGGCAAAUCACGUGCCGAUUCAAGGGGCAAAUCAUGGGCCAAUUCAAGGUGCAAAUCACGUGCGAAUUCAAGGGGCAAAUCACGGGCCAAUUCAAGGGGCAAAUCACCUCACAGGAGCAAUAAAGCCACAAGCAGGUUUGGGAGCUCAACUAAAUCCCUGCAGAACAGGGGCUGAAGAUUUCGGUGCAAAGCAAAAAUGGCGUCCACCAACACCUUUCCCGCCAGAAGCAAAAAAACAUGAAAUACCAGUUGAACGUCCGAACCGCAGCCCAUCACCCCGACCUCAACCCUUAAUUCCUAUUAACACAAAGCAAAUGGCCAAUCAGUUCUCAAACAUGUCCAUUCCUUGUCCUUUGCCACCAGACGGAGAAGUGGUUCAUCGAUGUUAUGACGACAACACCGGCCAAAUGGAAAUUAAACAUAUAGUUACGAGGAACGGCAAAGUCAUUAAGUAUGAGGACAUGAAAAUUACCAAGUGAUUUAUACGCAAAGAUGUGCACAUAAUACGUACAAAUCAUUUAAGCAUUAAUGCUCCAGUUUAUUACGUUGUGUUAAUGAAGACUUUCUACCUGUGAACCAUUGGGGCUUGGGCUGGAAUGUUGCUUUUACAAUAAAGAGUGAAUGAUAAAAACAGGAGCCAUGACAAAGGGAAAUGAGUGGAAAAGUUUCCUGAGAGAGAAAAGAGUCCAGGUGGUGGAUUUCAAACUUUUAGAAUUCAUAUCCUAUAAAUGACAUAUUUCUCCACAAUGGCCAUCUGUGUCAGUAUGUUUAUUAUAUGUAUAUAGUUUUUAAAACACGUUUUUAAUUUACCCAACAUGCUGUGCUGUCACUUACAAUGAUGCCUAUACGCAAUGUGUAGUAUUCACGAAAAUAUCACAGAUAUCCAGCAAAGAGAAAGCUAUGCAUUCAGAUACUUGUUUUUUGUUAUUUAAUAUACAUCCAGUAUACUUUUACAUUUCAUUUAUUAACACAACGGAAAAGUUGGGCUAUAUACGCAAAAUGUUUGUAGACACUUGAGCAUAAGAUUGGUACGCUUCUUUUUGAAUAUUCCAUUCCACAUUUAGUCCCCAUUUGCUGUUAUAAUAAUCUCCGCUCCUCUGAAAAGAUGUUCCACUAGAUUUUGUGGAGAUUUGUGGAGAUUCAUUUAGCUACAAGUAUGUUAAUAAAUUCAGGUACUGAUGUAGGUGAGGUGAGGAGGCCUGGGGUGUUUCUCCUAGUUCAUGUGAAGGGACAAUUUCAUAUAACCGAAUCUAAUGUCAUCUUAACGGUUUGUGGAAGAACCUCAUGGCUAGAAAAGUCAUGUGUUCUAAUACUUUUGUUCAUGUAAUAAAUCUAAAACACUUUUACUAUAUUAGCUACAUACCAUAAGUGGCUAGCUGCUUAGAUGCUAGUGUUGCUAGCUCAGAACCACCAAUCAAGCAGCCUUACAAGCAGUUAAACAAAUCUACAAAUAGAUCUAUAGAUGCAUUUUCUUUUUACUGGAGUCUGUGCCUCUCUUUGAGGGGCAUCUGAAGACAUCUGAUCCUAUCAUGCUAUCAUCAAGAACCAGAUGCCCCAAUACUUUUCUUCAUAUAAUGAAGCGAUGCGUAAUUGCACGUUGUUUAAAUAAUAUUUCUGUUCUGUCAACAUGGACUUUGCAGUAUAAAUGUUGAAAAAGGUUUAUAAAAGCUUUGUGAAGAGUCUUAGCAGGUACAAUAAACUCUUUCUUAGCUGAAAAUCAUGUUUUUUCUUUGUAUGUUGGCAGUGGUGGUCAGUAAAAAUAAAAAAUGUAAUCAAAAAGGAGUUUUACUUUGUUACUGUACUUAUGUACAUUUCUUAAGUAUGUGUCCUCUACUACUGAAGGUCUGAAAUGCAGAAGAAUGGAACACUGAACUUCAUCCAUUAUUCAUAUAAAGUUCUCAUAUAUCACUUCCUUUAGGUUACAGAUUUCAGCGAGAACUUUCUUUUUACUCGAGUGUAAAUGUAAAAAGGACUUUUUCUGUAACUGGAGUCAUAUUUAAGCAAGGGAUUAGUAGUUUUUGAUUUACUAAUUGAUCCUAAUUCUCAGAUCAUUGCCCUGGUGUAAAUGCGGCUUGUCCAGAUUUUGGUAAUGCACCAAACUAUGUUACAAUCGCAUGAAAAAUAAUUGGCUUUGUUCUUCCAAUACUUACUAUUCUUUUAUCCAAUACUAUACAAUGAUUUUACUCCCUGAAUUGUUUGUCCAGCGUCAUAAAACACGGAACAGGAAGACAACACUGCCAUCUAGAGGCUGGAGUGACAUUUUGAUGAUUUUAUAUAUUUUUUUGUUUUUCAAAAUUUUGUCUCAAAUAAUGUAUUUUUUAAUGAAUUUAUUAGAACAUAAGACUCUUCAUAUUACUUGGAAGUGGCAUAAGGGUUUUGUUUCUAUGAGCUUUCUAUGAAGGUGAUAUGCAUGCC